AUAAACACAGGGAGGUAAUAGUUAAACUGAAAACACUCUUCAUAAAGAGGCGGAAAAUAAACAGUCAGAUGACAAAACCAUGACAGUUAUCUGAUGGCAUUAAAGUUCAAUAUAGCUCCAGUCAUCAAGUGCAGAGGAGGAGAAAUGUGUUCCCUUUUGUCAUCAACGAAAUUAUUUGAAAUACAUUAUAAAAUAUAACAAAAUUUAACAAAUAUAAAAAAUAUAUAUUUUCUAAACUAUAAUUUUGUCUAAUUUAGGCAGUGAACCAUAAUGCAUGUUUUUUUUAAAACUUAUGAUAUAACAGAAAAUACAAAAAAGUUCAGCCCCAGUUGCAUGAUUGGUAUGGUUUGUGCUACAGUACACGUAUUCCUAUAUGUACUGUCUUUUGUAAAUGUUUGAUAUUAAGUCACUUCUGUCUGUUUUAUAACCUGUUCAUUAAAGACAAGCAAGGAGGUUCAGUCUUGGCAGAAAGAUUAAUAAAACGUAAACCCACAUUUACUGACUGGUUUUUCUGGAGCAUUUACCUAGCUCACCUUCAUACAUGACUUUUAGCCAAAACUCCUAAAAAUUCAAUGAAAUCGUGAGCUUGCGUGUCAACAGAUCCAUCUCCAUGACAACUCAGCAACGAUCAUGUAGUGAUGAAAUCCAUGCAAUUCAGUUGAAACCCCCAACAAAAAUUGAGUUGGAGUUGCUUUGUGAAAGUAAAUGAUUUGUCUCCAUUUGCAUUGAGAUUUGAGUGUGGGGAUGUUUUUCCACGAUGUUUUGCUGCACCACUCAUGUGCAGAAAGUGAAAGUGAAUUGAUCGUGUACGAGAGGGACAUUGUUGCACAACUUCCGACAAAGCUAACUUUCUACUGGUUGAAUGACCAGCUGAACAAACAGAUAACAGGACACACACUCUUCCCUCAGCUGUUAAAAACAGACUGCGAUGUGACUUUGCGUGCAGUGUGACAUUCGUGCUCAGGAGAGGUUCCAGGAAAAGCUGGUGUAAAGAUGCAACUGUCAUCCGGGCAGGUGUGAUUGACUACUUUCUAGACUACUGUCUGAAAAGGCUUUUGCACAAAAGUUGAGCUAGUUCCUGGCCUUUUUUGUGGACAUGUCGGCAGAUGAGGCCUUCAUCACCCUGGCCACCACAAACUCCUACUGCAAGGGAGCCACAGUGGUGGCAAGGAGUUUACGGCGGCAUGGGACAACUCGCAACAUCAUUGUCAUGGUCACACCAAACGUCUCAGAACAGGCAAGACUUGGCCUUGAGAGUGUGUUUGAUGAGGUCAUCCUGGUGGAUGUGAUGGACAGCGAGGACCACCUCCACCUUUCACUGCUGGGACGUCCUGAGCUUGGGAUCACCUUUACUAAGAUCCAUUGCUGGACUUUGACACAGUACAGCAAGUGUGUCUUUCUGGACGCUGACACACUGGUUUUGAGUAACGUGGACGAGCUGUUUGAGAGAGACGAGCUGUCGGCAGCUCCUGAUCCUGGCUGGCCUGACUGUUUCAACUCAGGCGUGUUUGUCUUCAGACCAUCUCUCCACACCCACGCCGGGCUCCUGGAUCACGCCCUGCAGCACGGGAGCUUUGAUGGAGGGGACCAGGGUCUGUUGAACUCUUUCUUCAGCAGUUGGCCGCUGGCAGACAUCACCAAGCACCUGCCGUUUGUCUACAACCUCAGUGCCAGCUCCGUCUACAGUUACCUCCCUGCUUUCAAACAGUUUGGCCACAAUGCAAAGAUUGUUCAUUUCCUUGGAGCAAUUAAACCCUGGAGCUCCCGUCAGAAGGGUGGCAGCAACACCAUGGAACGGUUUAUGUCCCUGUGGUGGAAGGAAUACCACAGUCAAACAAAACCAACUCCACCAGGGAACCAGCCUGCUCAAGACUGUGAUAAACCACAGCAGAUCCAAGAGAGAGACGCCAAGAUGCCAUUUAGAGGAAACUUGGACAGCUCCAAUUCCCCGCUCACACAUCUUCUGCCUCCAACUGAGGAGCUUCAUCCACCGUUUGAACCAAAGAUGUGUUCCCACACAGACAACACACGUUUUGAAGAAGACACAAGCGCACGCGAGGACACGGAGAUCCAGGAUUUGGCGAUUAGCAAAACUGCUACGGAUCCCAGGGAAACGGACAGAGAGCAAGAGGAGCUGGAACGCCGCACGCUGUGGGAGAAUGGACAGGCCGACUAUCUGGGCAAAGACUCUUUCCAAAACAUCCAGAAGAUGCUGGACUGUUUCCUGGAUUAGAAACCCGCACAUGAGAAACCCUCCGUGACUACCAGUGUACCAUUCCUGUGUUUCUUCUUGAGGACUGGGAUUGUUUUAUUUUUCGACAUAAAACCAAUGCUAUCAAGUAAAUUGAAUGAUGAUACAACCACAUUUCUUAACAUUAAAAUCUUCUUUUCCACAUGACAACUAUCAAUAAACUAAAUGAGUAUGA